ACAAGGAAAUCACAGAAUAUUGGUGAUAUAAUAGCAAAACUGUGCUUAAGUUUACAAAUAGUACUACGUCCCCCGCAUCUAAUUUCUGUCUCUCUAUAUAUAAAACACAGGUCAGUGGAAAUCGACAUCAUUUCAAAAGGAAAAGAAAUGUUACUGACGGUUUGUCUUAUAGGUGUGAUCCUAGGACAAUGUACGGCUAGAAAUUCGUACAUAAUCCUGACACCUAAAGUAAUUCGCCCUGGUCUGGUAGAAAACAUAACGGUCACAAUCCUCAAAGGCGGCAUUAAUAAUGUAACCGUUAGGGCCACGCUUGAGGACCUGUCUUCUAAUGUACUGUCAGAAACUAGUGGAACCUUUCAAAGUCAUACGCCAAAAGCAUUACAAUUGAAGAUUCCAGCAGAUUUGAAAAAUUUGACUCCGGGCACCAGAAACCAUAGGAUACGGUUACAAGGAACAAGCGGCAUUCUGUUUAUGAACGCUACCGAUGUGUUUGUACAAAGUCAAAACAUCUCCAUCUUCAUCCAAACCGACAAAGGAACAUACAAAGCCGGACAGAAAAUUCAAUUCCGUAGCUUUGCCUUGUAUCCCAAUAGUUCUAUCUAUACUGGGAAUUUCACCGUUGACAUACAGGAUCCUAAAGCCAAUAUAAUUAAGCAUUGGAGUGACCUUCAAAACAAGAGUUAUGGAGUGAUCUCUCAAUCCCUUGAUUUGGAUAGUCAGCCUGUACUGGGAGAGUGGGUCAUAAAGGUUACAGCUCAAGGGGUCACAGAGAGGGCAACCGUAAAAGUCGACGAAUAUGUACUUCCCAAAUUCAAGUUGGAGACAAGUUUUCCACAAUCGGCACAGGUCAGUGAUCGGGAGGUUUCGGGGUCAGUUGUGGCCACGUACACGUACGGUCGUCCCGUCCCAGGGCGGGUCAACAUCUCGGUGUCCAUUCCUUCUUUAGCGGGCAGCUUCAAGCAUUGGUCUGGACAAAUUUUCACUGAUUCUCGACAUGUAACAAAGGAAGAGAAAUUUACAAUUCCAUUAAGUCAUUUAAGAGAUCUUCUUUCGUACGGCGAUCGAGUUUCAAAUCAUGUAGAUGGGACCCAACUGAAAGUGGAGGUGAAAUUUACCGAAGAUAACACAGAGAAAACAGUCUCUUCAACGACAUACAUCAGGUUACAAAGUCAUGGAGUUCAGUUCUCUUUAAGUCACAAAGGUUCUACCAGAUACAUUCCAGGAUUUGAUUAUCCAAUCAAGAUUAUUUUUACGGACAAUGAGGGCAGGGCACCAAACAAACACUUACCUCCAGCGCACCUUGUCGUUAAUUCACGCAACUCGUCCGGCACAACUACAGAACAGGACAAACAUAUUCCUAUACCAUCAAACGGGCUCAUAGACAUUGAUAUUCCUACUCCUAAUAAGACGGAUGUCCAAACUUUGGAGAUCAAGAUCACACAUGACAGUGUUGUUAAAACACUCACUCUCAAUGCGUAUGACCACAACCAAACUCAUAUAAAGAUCAAUGUUUUGUCCGCCGAUCAUAGGGUUGGAAACCUCGUGACAAUGGAGAUACUGACAAACAAACCAAUUGCUGAAGUAUAUUAUCAGUUUGUUUCACGUGGAGUUCAAGUUUUAUCGGGAAAGCAUGAUGUUAAAGGAAGGAUCAAUUCAACAUUCGACGUCCACCUUACCGAAGAAAUGACUCCUGAAACCUCCAUCAUCGUUUAUAAUGUCGACCCAGACACUGGAAAUAUUUAUGCGGAUCAGAUUUCCAUUUCUGUGAACGGAAUGUUAAGAAAUUCGGUGUCUGUUAAAUUUGGACAAACACAGGUAGAACCUGGAGAGAAAGUGAAUAUUAAUCUUCAGACGGCCCCUCAUUCAAUGGUUUACCUUUCAGCUGUUGAUACCUCCUCAAUAUUAAUGGGAAAUGAUAACGAAAUAAAUGAACAAUCGUUAAUUGAUGGAAUUAGACUGUACAAACCAAGUGUUCAACAAAAUCUUUACUUCUACAAGGUGAAUUGUGGUUCCUUCUCUGCCAUUCAAGUCAACCAUGAUAAUACUUAUUCAGCAUACAGAUUUGAGGAAGCUGGAACUAUGAUCGUGACAGAUGUCCAGAACUAUGUCCCAGCAUCUUACAAAUUUCCCCCUUGUGAGUUUUUGUUACUACUCUCUAUUAAUAACCACUUCAGAUUGAUACUAUAUGAAAUAUCACAUCUUCAGUAA